AUGUCGGAUUGGUGCCGCGAUGAGUUCAUGACCCAAUGGGACAAGAAAUACGUCUCUACCAACCUCAGGCCCAACUCCCGACCAUACGACGGAGACAUUUUCCUUGGACUUCAUUCCCGAUUGAUUGCUUGCCAGUCUGAAGUACAGAAUAUCGCAUAUACUGUCAUUGUAUGUAUAAUCUCUUUGAACCUCCAUGGCUGCCUAGUAGUUGACUCUAUAUAUGCUGCGGCAUGCUGUGCGGUAGGUCGCGCAGAUGUUGUUGGGCGCUUCUUCGACGAUAUAACCGUUGACGCUACCCCGGAGGAAUCGGAAAAGAUAUUCCUCCGUCUUCGCGAGGCUAUCACCAUUAUCUUCCCAUAUCUGGGUAUGCCAACCUGCAUUCCAGCAUGUUACGGGAUGAUUGGCGUUGUUCAGCGCAAGGGACCGUCAUUUGCCUCGACCAAAGUCUUGCGUAAACCGACUGUGACCGAGGAGGAUGUACGCAAAGGGUCAGAACUUCGGGCAAAGAUCUAUAGUGGGGUUGGUAACUCGGAUAUCUUUGCGCUGAUGGACAAGUAUUUCACUGAUCUAUGUGAAUGGCUCCAGUACCCUCAGAUCAAAGCAGAAAAUAAACUAAUCGCUUUCUUAGUCACAACUUCCACUGUCGUCACCUGGGGUUAUCUCAUCGCGAAGGCCAACGAGGAGGUUUUCCAGCCUCGUGAAUCUCAUCUUAUCGUAGCCACUGCUAUCAUGGCUUUAGGCGCAACCCGUCAGACCAAGAGUCAUAUCAAGGCCACGUUGGGUCUUGGAAAUUCUGUUGCCUGUGUCAAAGUUGUGACGGACGUGGUCGCAAGAAUUGCUGCAUGGGCAGAUUGUCCACCAAUUGGGCCUUUUGAUAUCGACCAACUUGCAAAUGAAAUUCAGCAAGCGUUAAAAGGCUGA